GAAUCUCCGGCGGCGAUAUGGGAGAAGUUGGAAAAGCUGUACAUGGCGAAAAGCUUGACCAACAAGCUUCUUUUGAAGAGGCGGUUGUAUCGGUUGCGGAUGGAGGAUGAGGACACCUAGGUUGGACACAUGAAUGUGUUCAAUGGUUUAAUAGACGAGCUGAAACGGUUUGAUGUUAAAAUCAGUGAGGAGGAUCAGGCAUUGCUUCUCCUUAAUUCUCUCCCUAAUUCCUAUGAGGUUUAUGUGGAUACCAUACUGUGCGGCAAGGACACAAUUACCUUGGAGCAGGCACAAUCAGCUUUGUUGUCGUUUGAUGCGAGGAGAAAAGACAAAGCUGGGGUACGGAGUGACGAUGCAGUCGCGGCAAUUGCUCAUGGUGGUGGGAGAGGUCGUUCGUCUAUUAGGGACAAUAAAUCAAAGCACGAGAGAGCCCAGGUUCUUGCGGGCGGGAGUAGCGGACUGUGCAGUGUGGAAAAAUCUCGGUGUGACGGUGUAACUAAGACCAAGACCAAGAAAGAGGAUCUGCAGGUGGUGCCUUGUGUCGAAAGUCUUCCCGACGAGAGGAGGUCGGGCGGCGCGUCCCGUGAAGUUAUAGCCACGGCGGUACAAGAUGAUUUGGCGGAUCAAAUGGUGUAGCCCAGCGAAGGAAAGAUCUGCGGUUCGAGCCUUGCGUCGAAAGUCUUCCCGACAGGAGGUCGG